GGACCAGGUGCUGUCCCACUGCCCCUCUGCGAAGUGGUGGCUCUCGAAGCUACAGAACUGGCAUCACGCUAUGCCCUUCACGAGCUUCAUGUCCCCGGACGUCAAUGCAGCCAAGUUCGCGCCCAAGGGCAAGGAGCAGAUUCUCAUGUGCUUUGGCAAGCGAGUUGCUUCACAGCUACACCGGCGUGAAGGUGGAACUCACCUGCUCACGGACCAGAAUGCCAUCGGCUGCCAUGGGUUUUGGGACCUCGACACAGCGAGCCGAAUGCUGGACCGGAUUGUCAAGCUUUGGCGGCCACCUACGUGCCAGCUAGCAAGCAUGGAGCUGACGAUGAAGCUGAAGAUUAUGGAGCUGAUCUCCAACAUGAAUGAGCGCCUAUUCGACGCACUCCCGGCCUUGCUGACAGAGGAGAUGGCCCCAGAUGAAGACUGGGAUGGGAAGGAGCUGCAUGCUUCGUCGCUCGGAGGUAGCCUUCUGCGUGGCAUGUGGGAUUCGAUCGCCAAGAGCUUCUCAGCUCUUAGUGGUCAGUACACCCGCUUGGGGCAGCUGCUUGGGAGCUCCGUAGUCAAGUGGGUGGUCUGUCCCAUCAAGAACACCACUGGACCAGCAGAUUUGGAGAAACUCGAUGCUGCGCUGGGGACCGAAGAUGACACAGCGCGCUACUACGCCCAAAUCGCGUACAGCAAGUGGACGGGCAAGAAAGACCUCUUGCCGGGUGAAGACUGCACUCCAGGAGGCGUAGCAGGCCUGCCGCGGACGAUGGCUUGCAACCUGGCAAUCAUGCAGCAGGACAUGCCGGAGCCCUACAACAAUACUGAUUUCAUUUGCCCAGUACGGCCCUUCCUGCCAGCGAAGCAGCAGCUUGAAAUCUUCCAGAAGAAGAAGGGCCUCUGUCCCUUGCGCAUGAAUGCCUGGCAGAUGGACCAGGCUUCCUGGUACUACCGUGGCCGCCGGCCCCAGCGCCAACAGUUUGAUCUGGUGGAGAACCCGCCGGCACAAGAUUACCAGGCUGUACAGAUCGUUGACAUGAUCAGUCGCCAGGACACGACCUUCCACACUUGGCGGACCUUCGUCACCGUUGGCCUCGGCUGCACCGAGGAGGAGGCCACAGCAACGCCACGCUGGUGCAAGGAUCCUGAGGUGCACUAUGCCCAGACUUCCAUGAAUGGCAUUGUGGAUGCCAUGGGACGGAUGGGCCGUGGAACGGUACAGAUGACGGCCCAGGCCUUGCACGCCGCGGGCGUGACGGAGGAUGCGCCAGUGGUGAACCAUGCGGUUGGGCAUCGCCUCUCUGAGUGGAUCUACCACCAGGGGAAGGGCGUACAGGCCUGGGCGAAGCAGACCUCGAGCCUAGGACUGGUCCACAGCAUUUCCUUUCAGAAGCUCUUGGACAAGACGGGGGCGGACUCGAAGAAUAAGAAGAGGUAUGAUCGAUAUGCUGCCGUCACACCCUGCAAGACGAUGGACGCCGAGACGGAGUUCACGUUGAAGUAUGCUACUGCGGAGAGUGCCUUGCAACUUGCGAGAAAGGCCUUUCGAAAGUAUGGAACAAAGAAUGUCGGACUGCACCGUGGCUUUAUAGUCGAGCUGAUGGGCCUGGCCGUGCUGAAGAUGUCUGGGGUGCAG